AUGUUCUUCAAGAAGAAGUGGGAUCCCCGGGGCCGACAUUGCUACAUUACCGGCGGCUCUUCUGGACUCGGUCUUGCCCUAGCUGUGCUCUUGACCAAAAAGGGUGCCGACGUGUCCAUAGUCGCACGUAAUGAGGAUCGGUUGCAGAAAGCGUUGGACGCGUUAGAGGCUGUGCGUCAGACUCCAAAUCAACUUUUGAAGGCGUACGCGUUUGCACUCGACAAAGAGGCAGGAGCAGCGGCUGCGCUGGAAGCCGCAUGCCAACCUCAUGGUGGGCGAUGUCCAGAUGCACUAUUCCUAUGUGCGGGGAAGUCUACGCCCGGUUUCUUCAUCGAGCAAGACGAGGCGUCUCUCAGGUCGGGCAUGGACGAGACAUAUUGGGCCCAGGCGCCGUCAGCACUGGUCGCUGCGAAGCGGUACGUGAGUCACCGCGAGAAAGGGAAGAUAGUCUUCGUAUCGUCCGUCUUGGGCUACUUCUCUAUGGUCGGGUACUCUACAUAUUCACCAGGGAAGUUCGCAAUACGAGGCCUUGCCGAAGCCCUGCAGUCAGAAUUCAUGCUAUACGGCAUUGACGUGCACAUAUGCUUUCCUGGGACCAUUUACUCGCCCGGUUUAGAGCAUGAGAAUGAGUGCAAGCCAAAGGUGACACUCAAGAUAGAGGAGACCGAUGAUGGGGCAUCCCCGGAGGUCGUCGCCGAGGGUCUGUUGAGGGGGGUGCAAAAUGGCGACUUCCACAUCACGUACGAUUUCAUCGGAAAUGUCUUCCGAGCAUCAACGGCUGGAUCUUCACCUCGAAACAACGUAGUCACGGACAUAUUUUACAGUCUCCUUGGUUUCAUCGCCUUGCCCUUCUGGCGACGUUCUGUGGACGCAACUGUGCGUUCUCAUUUGCCGGAGCACCAAGAGUAUCUCUCAGGGAAGGGCCUAGUGGACAACUAA